GUGAAAUAAUAUUAGGUCCAACACCAUGGACUAUUUUAUAAGAAAAUUAUUUCGGGUACUCAUAAUAAUUCAUAACACUCGUGCACCCGACUGUCCUCGACGCAUCGCAUCUUAUCUAUCUUAUCGCGCCAACUUCUUCCAUUACUGCCACCAUUGUACCACCAUUGUUAACAAAAAAAUGAACCUCGUUUGUUUGUUUGGCAUUUUAUUUAUCGCGGCCGAAACCAGCGGAUUUGCCGAAGCCAGCCAGCGCAAAGGGGAACUCCGACAAAGGAUACUCUUAAGGAAAUUGCAAAGUUUCCAGCGAAACGACGCAACAAACCCAGAAUCAGUAACAUGGAACGAGAUACUUGCAGACGCAUUGGUGACUAAACUCAACGUAUUCUCAAGGGACAAAAAUAUCGACGUUGCUCCUCCGAAGAAAAAUGUAGCAACGGUGUGUUUGAGCGAGAUUUUGACGUUUUUCAAGUCGGUCUACGACAACUUCAAGCAGAAGCCAAGUGACCACAACGCUGUAGUCACUCAGAUUGAAUCAAAACCUAAAGAAGAAGUUGAAGUCAUACAUCCAACUUUCAAAAUGAAAAGAUGUGAGGAUUGCACUGACGGAGAUGGAGUUGUCUCUAGUAUGGUACCAGUUCUGGAAUGUCCUACAGGAUUCGUGCUAGACAAGGAUGGCAAAUGCAUCACGGCUCCUUCUAAAUUAAUUAUGGCUAUCCCUAACCAAUGUCCAAAUGGUUACAGACGCGACCGACUGGGCUAUUGUAGACUAGCUUUUUAGUGGGAUUGCGUGAAGUGAAAAACAAGUGUUUAAAGGUGUGAUAUAACGUGUACCUUAUAGGGUAAACCGACAGUCAUUGGACGCUGCCAGUCAUUGGACAAAACAACCCUUGAAUUUUCUUAAAAUGAAUAUUCCUUCAAAUACAAUGAAUAUUCCUUAAAAAAAAAACGCCCUUUUAUCGCCAUCAGUCGGAAUCUCUCAGUUGUUGAAAUAGAAAUGCUAUUUUUAAUUCAGUAAAUAACUGUUCAAUAACUUUCUUAAGUGUCCAAUGACUGGCAGUUUAUCCUACUGAAGAAUAAUGUACGACAUUUCAGAGAAGUGAGUAGGUAAAGUUUUUCUAUUUUUUCUUAUUGUAAUUAUUAGGUAGUUAGUAUAAUUUAUCACAUAUUCAUGUGAAAUGUCACCACCAGCAUUACCUAUAAAUCAUAAAUAGUGCCUUGUUCUCCAGUGUACACUUGUAAUUUUUCUUUAAAUGCAAUAAACAUUGAAAACUGAAAUAUAUUUUUGAGACAUUUA